AGGCGAAGUAGAAAUGGUGGCGACCGCGCAUACUUUCAAACUAGGCAUGCUCCUUCUAUAAAAGUACCUGAAUUUCGGAAGAACCCUGUGGUACUUGCCUUGUCUAUAACAAACCACGACCUGACAGACUUGGUUACAUUGUUCUUUCGGAAGCGAAAAAAUGGUGGCUGUAUAACAUUUGAAUCUUAAAUGGGCAAUUUAUCAUGCUAGUCAAGGUUACCAUGGUUCCGUCUUUAACGUUUCUUCUCUACACUUAUGGGCAACGUAAACUCGGAUCAAAAGAGUAAAGACGAAACCUGUUCAAAGGGUCGACGUAUACCGUUCACAACUCGUCAGAUACCGAAAUAUCUGAAGCCCACAAAGACGAAAGAGCGAAAGCGUGCGCCAAGCACAAGCAGUAAAAGCAAGAGCAGUAGCAAGGAAAAAGCUGUUCAGUUUGCUGACUUGACCAAUGAGAAAUACAAUGACGAUGAAUCCCGGUUACCGAACUUGCUGAUGACUGGUGUGUCAGAGGACAACAGCUACGAUGCUGCACAUUCUGCUAAUUUCAAGUGGAUCAAAGGUCGUCGCUUCACCGACACACAAGGUAGUAGCUACCUCUUUCCCGUGGACAAGCCAGAGCAGGACCGUCAACGAAUGCAAGCUUAUGUCCUAAAGUGGGCUUUUGGCAGGAGCUUCCUUUCCCCCAUUUCAAGCCUGCUGAAAAAAGGCUGUAAAGUCUUGGACAUAGGUUGUGGAGUUGGAGCCUGGGCCAUUGACAUAGCCUUAGAUUAUCAUAAGACCAACGUGGUUGGCAUAGACGUUGCGGAUAUCUUCUUAUUACAUCAAGGUACUCGGUUGGCUCCUCGACCUUACUCUGCUUCGUCUACAUCUCUUCCGUCUGAUAAUCUAUCGUCCAAUGCGAAAAGCCUAUCAUCGGCGUCUCAAACCACGAGCGAUAACUCUGAAGUUAGCAAUAUCCGGUUUGAAGAAUGCAACGUCUUAAAUGGAAUAUUAUACCCCGACGAUCAUUUCCAUUACAUCCAUCAAGCCCACAUGGCAUUUGCUUAUACGAGGAGCCAGUGGAAGCAAGUGCUUAAAGAAGCCGUCCGAGUAUUAGCUCCUGGUGGAUAUAUUGAGCUGGUAGAAAUAGAAUUUCCCGGCCGGCGUUAUGGGCCUAAAGCAAUCCAUGUAUCUCAGAAGGCACUUGAAGUCGUCAGUGACCGAGGCUUUGAUGCAGGGGUUGCGGCCGACCUGCAAGAAUUAUUAAGAUGUUCGGGGAUGACGGACAUAUCUGGAUCCUAUGUGUCAAUGCCUGUGGGCGACUGGAGCCAAGAAGAAAACUAUAUUGGUAACCUUUGGCGCGAAAAUUCUCAGAUUUUUAUCAACUCGGCGAAGCCGUGGCUAGCACCAGCACUUGGGUGGACAAGCCAAGAAUAUACUUCACUCUGGAAUGCCGCUCAUGAAGAAAUGAAUGAGACAAAAGCAUUCAUUAACGUUUUUGUUUCUUGGGGUCGAAAGCCUGAAGACGGCUCAGCAGAAAUCAACUGGAAUGAUUGCACUAUACCUGGCUGGUCGGAAGCGUAGUUAUUUUCCCAAUAUGCGCCUUCACCAAAAAUCAUUACGAUUCUAUACCAAACACAAUUAUUUUCAAAAAUCUCGCUUGCUACGACGCCUAACAUGCAUAUACAACAUAUGGUAUAUAGUAACUAUGACCAUUCAAUCCACAAAAUUACAUUUUAUGAAGAUUGAUACUUUUCAAUCCUGCAUAAAAAACUUCCCUCAUUACAUAUAUAAUAUAAUGUUCUGGAGAAGAAAAUAGAAAUUUUUCUCAAAAGUAAAAUAAUAACAACCAUACCAUACCGA